CAAGGGGAAUGAGGGACAUAGUCUUUCUCUUCUCCUUUUUUGCCUGAAUCCCUUUCCAGGCCUAGAGUUUCCCUCCCACAGAGUUUGCGAUAAUCUACCUUUGUCCAAUAAGAAUCGACGACAUAUUCCAGAGAUUCAUUGUCCAAGCACAGUGAAGGAGGAUGUGCUCAACAGAUUCUGCCUCAGCCAUGCAAAGGGAACAUGUGUCGGCUACUGAAAAAUCCCAUCUUUGCAAAUUAUCCAUAGUCAAAACUUUGCUGUGGGUAGCCUCCCAUGCAAGGAAGGCAACUUUUGUGGGGCUGCUGUCUUCCAAAUUUGAGUCCAAGGGAAAUUAAAGUUGUUUGACUCCAAAGGGAAGAGCUUCCUGUAGAAGGAUCUAAUAGUGAAGGCCCCCUUCUCUUCUAAGGCCCAAAUAGGAAGAUCAGUGCUAUUAUGGUGUUGGAAGCUGUAAAGAAAGGAAGUCCAUGUGUUGGUUGAGUUCCCAAUCUUCCACAUUUCUAAGGAAGGGGGUAUUUCAAAAGAGCCCCUGAUCUAAGGUUUGGAGGUUUUGAUUGACGCAGGCGUCUCUAUCGCAUGCCAAGUUAUAGAUGGCUGGUAAUAAGGCACUAAGAGCUUCUUGAUUGCUCCACAAGUCAUGCCAAAAAUAAAUGUUGCCUCCCCUCCCACACUUGAAACCUGAUCCGAUAAGCAAAAUCGUUCCAGCCUUUCCUGAUGAAAUCCGUGUGGUCCUCUGUUAGUCUGGGAGAUCCAAUCAUUAUAUUCAAGCCCAUAUUUCAUAGCACUGAUUCCCCGCCAAAGGCGGUCUUUCUCAAUCAUGAAUCUUCGUAACCAUUUCUAUAACAUGGCUUUAUUGAAUAUAUGGAAGAACUUCAAAUCCAAGCCUCCUAAAUGAAAGGGUUGUUUCACCAUGCUCCAUUUGACGAGGUGAAAUUUGAAUUCCAUCUCGAAGCUCUCCCAAAGAAACCUCCUUUGAAUUUGCUCAAGUCUCUUGGCAAUUGAAUUUGGUAGGGGAAGGAGAGAUAUGAAGUAAAUAGGGAGAUUUGUCAAGGUGCUUUUGACGAAAGUGAGUUUGCCACCUUUUGAUAAGAAAUUCUCUUCCAUCAAGCCAACCGUUUUUUGAAUUUUUCAUUGAUGGAAUCUGCACUCCUUAAUCUUUCAAUUUGGCUCUGAUAGGUAGCCCAGGGUAGUUAAUAGGGAAAGUACCCAUUUUGCAGCCCAGAAGGCCAGCAAGGAGAGGCCCAUCUGCAUUUUCUCCAACUAGAAUGAUUUCACUUUGUCCAAGGUUACCUUUCAAACCCGAAACCGCCUCAAACCUUGCCAAGAUACAUCUCAGAUUCAGAAUGUGGAGAGGGUCACUCUCACAAAAAAAUGGUAGUGCCAUUAGCGAAGUGGAGUGUGUGACCUCCAUAGACCUAUCAUGGUUUUGCUAACAUGAGGCUUAGCACGUCCAUCACCACGAUGAACGAAAAGGGCGAUAGAGGGUGCCCUUGUCUUAGACAUCUGGAAGAGUGGAAGAAAGCAGUGGGGUGCCCAUUGAUUAGCACCAAGAAUCUUGGUUUGUUGAUAGAAUGAGCGAUCCAACUAUACCAAUGCUCCCUAAAACUCAUUCCGGAUAGCGAAGAGAAGGAAGUUCCAGUUGAUGUGAUUGAAAGCUUUCUCCAUGUCAAGUUUGCACACCACCCUGUUUUUAUUCUCUCUUAAUAAGUAGUCAUUUUAUUUAUAAUAAGUAUUUUAUAUAUAUGGAAAAUUGUAUAUGCAAAUGAAAAAAGAAAUAAUUAUACAUGCCUUAGCUCCUCUACCACAAGUAGCUAGCAUCUAAAAAUAUUCACUACUUAAAUGUUCCUACCUCACAACCCUCCUUGGGCUCCUCCCUCCCACCUCUCUUGCCAAAUUGAAAUUCAAAUAGUGAAUUGGAAUCCUAGUUUCAUGAAUUAAGAACCAUAUCGAAUGGUACAAUAUUUGAAAUUUUGAUUCUGAAUGAUAUGCAUAUAUGUAAGACAAAUAAAGUAAUGAAAUACAUUGAAAUUUUAACAAAUAUGGAUUGAUCAUGUUGCCAUAGUUGUCAAUUUGAGAUUCGAAUUGUGAAAUGAAAUUCCAAUUUUGGGAAUUGAGAAUCAAAUUGAAUCAUAAGAUUCGGUAGAAUUUCCUAAGUCAAUUCUAAAUAACAUGCAUACAUUGAUAUAUAAACAACAAGCAAAAUAAUAAAAUACAUUUAAAUUUUGAUUAUUCAAAAAAUCUUAUUCCAUGUGCAUGCUUUCUCUAAACAAAUGAAAAGUAAGAGGAUGAGUUAGGUAUACUAAUAAAAUAAUGAACUUCAUUUUGUUUAAGUGAAGGAAUCAAUAAAAAAUAAUAAAAAAUUGAACUUUUGAAGUUUAUCAACCAUUAUAGAGAAUAAUAUUUCAUGCAUAUUCUUUCUUAGGUUAAGAAGGAAAAAAAUUAAUUAACCUAAGAAAGUGAUAAUAAUUGAAAAACUACUAAAAAGCUAACUUUUGAAUCUUAACAACACAACGGAACAAUAGUACAUCACCUUAGCCAGUGAGUAGUCUUCCCCUUCUUCUCAAUGGUUGAACAAUAUACUCCUAGAGUGAAGAAUGGUUUUGUGAAGGUGACAUGAGACCUAAAGUUCUAUUUUCUUCUCUUUUUAAGCACAAAAUUGAUCUAACCAUUCCACUACUAUCAAGUAAGCACUAAUUGAUCUAACCAUUCCACUUCUAUCAAGUAAGCACAAAAUUGAUCUAACUAUUCCGCUUCUAUCAAGUAUAAAGUUAACCUAGUUUUUAUGAAAUUCUUAACAAGUUAUGUGACUCAAAAGCACCAACUCUUAGGAGUUCAAGACAAAAAAUAAGGUAAUGAUCCAAGUUUAAAAAAUUAAAAUUUAUGUUUAUGGUGUAAGUUUAACAUGUUCAAAAAUAAGAACAUGUGUAUGCUUUUUUUGGAAAACAUAAGGAGAUUAAUCAAGGGAAAAAAUUUGAACUUUAUGGCUUUUUAGGGAAUGCAAAAUUUCGAACUUUAUUGUGUUCAAUAAGAAAGAAAUCAUUUUUAAUGAAAGGGCUUACAAGAAGAGAAAGUGAAUAAAAAGCAUAAACAAAAUUUAUUAAAUUUAUGUGCAUAAGAGCAUAAGAAAGGCCUCUUUAUGGCCUCCAAAACCCCAAUUCUAAUUUCUUGUGAUUUUGAAUUAAAAAAUAGGGUAAGAGACACUAACCUCAGACAAGGACCUCCUUUGAGGUUUUAAUAAUCCCAAGGACCUCCUCUGAGAUUUGAGAAAUUCCAUAGACCUCCUUGAGGUUUGCCUAAAAGAAAAGCCUAUCCUUAUAUUUGACAAAAGAAAAUAUUUUGAGGGGUAUUAGUGUCCCAAACACUAACACAUUCAUUAAAUGCAUGGGUAGAUAUAUAGAUUAAUUGCCUAUUUUGUUUAAAAGAUAUCCUAAAUGGGUCAAUUUAAUUGUGUAUUCUUCUUUCAAAAUCACAUGCAUUCUAAGCUAAAUGCUAUUAUAUGAUAGGGUGAUAAAAACAUUUUUUUGUAAUAGUGUUGCUUGCAUUCUUGGCAACCUUACAAACAUGCAUGCCAAAUACGACAUGAUGCUCAUUUGGGUCCCACAUAUCAGGCUUGAGUGAUGAUUUUAUAUGACCCAAAAGAGCAUUAUUUUGGAUUCCUAAUGCAAUGUUUGUAGAGUUCUCUGUAAGGCUAUUUUCGUUUUUGUCGCUUAUUUAGAUAUUGAUUAGUCAAAUUGAAUGAUGAAAAUAAAUAAUAAAUAGUAAAAAAAAACAAAUUGUAUAUUUCUACAAUUUAUUCUUUUUUUGUCCCAACUUAUUUUUUUUAUAAUAAUAUGUAAACAUAUGUAUUGCAUAGUGCUUAUCAAAUUAAAUUGUCAAAAAUCCCAUGUAUCGUAUCGGCCUCUAUUAGUGUAAAAAACUAAUAAAAAAAUCAGACCUUUUAAUCUGGAGGGUGAAGAAGGCAGCAUUCCAACAUAAAGUUUACCCACCACUUUUGUUCUCUUCUCAAGACUGGUUUUCUUUCUCCACCUCUAGUUUUCUUCUGAUCUUCUUCAAUUCCAGAAAAGAGAUGUGCAGAAUAAGAAGGCCAACAUACUUCUGUUUUCUUUCUUGGAGGACAGCACGCAUAAAAAAAAUUUGAAGGUUAUUAUUAUAAAAUAAGUGUUUUUAAUGCUUUAAGUUGGGUUUUAGAGGAGUUGGUUCUGACUGGAUCUGAGGCAUUUCAGAAAUGCACGAUUUAUGCCAUUCAAUUUGAUACACAAUUCACCUUCAAUUAACAGCCUUAUGCAAUUCUUCCAUACAAUUUGAGCUGAGAACAUGGUUCAAAAUCGCGGUUGCGGGUAAGUGGUAACAUCGCGUAACGGCCGCGGGUGUCAUGGGACGCGGGGAGACGCGAGUGUUAUGUAACGGGAAGCGAGCGUAACAGUCGUGAAAUUUACCACCGCCAUUACUAGAGCCACUACCACUACUACUAGAGCCACCGCCCUGUUCAUAAUAAUUACCACUUCCACCAGUUCUUGCCCUAAAUCUUUGCCUCUCUUCCCAUUCUUGUUGUGCUCAUAUGCUUUUUUGUCAAGCAAAUAUCAUUGUUUUCUCAUAUGAAUCUUCUUUGUCGCUCAAAUUUUCAAAAUCUCCUCUAAUUUGAGCUUCUACUUCCUUUUGCCUUUUUUGUUUGUCUUUCUUCUACUUUGCAUAUUGUUGUAGAUGUUUCAUCAUUUCUUCUCUCACAGCAUGGUUACAUUUGGACACGAAGACAUCUGACCAUCUUUAUGUGCCAAGUGUUGUUUUAGUCAUGUAAUUCCUCCUUUAAUUGUCUUUCUGCAUAAUUUACAUAUGACAACAUGUCUACUACCUUCCACUGGCGUAGCAAAAUGCCCGUCAAUGCCUUCACUAGGUAGCUCUUCACUUCCUUUUUUAUCACGCGACAUCUUGGUGCUUGAUUAGAUGACUUCUACACAAGUAAAAAUGAAAAAGUUAUCGUCCUUAUACAAUAAAUUAAGAAUAAAAUUGUACGUAAUUAAUUAAUUAGUUAAUUACAUAACAAUAUUACAUAAAUGAUGGAUUAAAUUUAAACUUUAAGUUGCUAACUAUUAAAAAUUUUAAUUGAUUUAUACAUAUAUCAUAUGAUAAUUUAUAUUACAAUUUACAAUUUAAGAAAAUAAAUAUAGAAUUGUAGAUCUUACAAUUUAAUUAUUUAAAAGGUAGUGUACUUGAGUCACUUGAUUGAUUGUGUAGAAAUUAGGACUUAUUAUAAAUUGUAGAUCUAAUAUUAAAUUAUUAAUUGUCAAGGUAUUUAAAAAAAUAAAUAUGUAGAAUAUUAUUAAUAAUUUUUUUACUAAAUUAUUAAUUAUAAAAUAUAAAUCUGUACUCUUAACUCUCUAAGUAACUCUAUAGAUAUUAUAUUUUAUACUAAUUUUUAUUUUAAGUAAUAAAUUCUACUUAUAAAAUCAUUUACAAAUUUACAUACAUAAAAUAAAAUAAAAGUAAUUAAAUAAUAAGUAUAAACUGAAAUUAUAAAAUAAACUAAAUUAUUAAUGUAUAAUAAAUUAGUAAUUACUAAUUAUUAGGUUACACAAUAGCCUACACCAGAACUGUAUGGUAUAUAAUAGACUAAUAGUGUAAUCUGUAAUAGCUAUUAGGUGGAGGCUCCAAGCCUUCUUGUUGGCUGCUGCUUUAAAUAUAUAUUUUUAUCAAAAAGAUAAGGAAGACUGGAUGAACCAAUGAAGUCAGAACAAGACAUACCCACUUUCGACAAUGGCUGAAGCUGCAAAAUGCGAAUGGAGAGCUGCAAGCCUCCAAAUCCUCAAAUCGAAGCUGAUUUUUGGAGCUGCUAGCCUGCGAAUGGAGCUGACCUGCAGAGCACAGCUUCAAGCGACAAAUCGAAGCUGAUUUUGGGGGUUUCAAAGCUUCAGAUCAGUGGAUCUAAGUUGAAUGAAGGAGACGAAGAGGGAAAGAGGGAACUCAGCAAGUCAGCCAUCCUGCGGAGCACAGCUUCAAGCAACAAAUUGAAGCUGAUUUUGGGGGUUUUGAAGCGUCAGAUCAGUAGAUCUAAGCUGGACGAAGGACACGAAAAGAAAAAGAGGGAGCUCAGCCAAGUCAGCCGACCUGUGGACUUGAGGAACACAACGUCAAAGUUCAAACAACAAAUCAAAGGCUUCGAAGAUGCUUUUUGGUUGUUUGGAGGCUUCAAAUCAGGAGAUCUAAGCUGGACGAUGGAGAAACACACAAAAUGGAGCAGAUUCGAGGAGAUAAGGUAUGGUGUAGGGGGCUGACGGCAGCUGUAAUGUGGCGUAACGGCUGUUACGGGCCGUAAUGUAAGUAUAACGGCCAUUACGCAGGGAAUGAGCACGGAGAUAAAAUGUGAAUGUCUUGAUAUUUUAUGUGACGUUCUUCAUAGAUAUGGGAAUUUGUUGGCAUCCGAUCAUGAACUUUUAUUAGGUGCAUUAUUAUCCCAAUUGAGCUCCAAUCAUGCCUCUGUUAGAAAGAAGGCUGUGUCAUGUAUUGCUUCUCUUGCAUCUAGUUUGACGGAUGAUUUGUUGGCAAAGGCAACUGUAGAAGUUGUUAGACUCUUGAAAAAUAAGGGCUUAAAGCCUGAAAUGACUCGCACUAACAUUCAAAUGAUUGGAGCUCUGAGUCGUGCUGUUGGAUAUCGUUUUGGACCCCAUCUUGGAGAUGCUGUUCCUGUGCUAAUUAAUUAUUGCACAAGUGCAUCAGAGAAUGACGAAGAACUGCGGGAGUAUAGCUUGCAGGCUCUUGAGAGCUUCCUGCUCAGGUGCCAUAGGGACAUUGCUUCAUAUUGUGAUGAAAUUCUUCAUCUUACGCUUGAAUUCAUAAGCUAUGAUCCUAACUUCACUGAUACCAUGGAGGAAGAUACGGAUGAUGAGAGUCAUGAAGAGGAGGAAGAUAACGAGAGUGCAAAUGAAUAUACAGAUGAUGAAGAUGUCAGCUGGAAAGUUCGGAGAGCGGCGGCUAAAUGUUUAGCAGCUUUAAUUGUUUCUCGCCCUGAGAUGCUCUCAAAAUUAUAUGAAGAGGCUUGCCCCAAGUUGAUUGAUAGGUUUAAAGAAAGGGAGGAAAAUGUUAAGAUGGAUGUAUUCAACACAUUCAUAGAGCUACUGCGUCAAACUGGAAACGUCACCAAGGGACAGGUUGACAUAAAUGAAUCAAGUCCCAGGUGGCUAUUGAAGCAAGAAGUAGCAAAGAUUGUGAAAUCAAUUAUCAGACAGCUGCGUGAGAAAUCUAUCAAGACGAAGGUUGGUGCAUUUUCAGUUUUGAAAGAACUUGUUGUUGUCUUGCCAGACUGCCUUGCUGACCACAUUGGAUCCCUCAUUCCUGGGAUCGAGAGGGCAUUAAGUGAAAAGUCCUCAACGUCAAAUCUGAAAAUUGAGGCUCUUAUUUUUACAAGACUAGUUUUAUUUUCACAUUCACCAUCUGUCUUCCACCCAUAUAUCAAGGCUCUUUCUAGCCCCGUUAUAUCUGCAGUUGGUGAGCGUUAUUACAAAGUAACAGCUGAGGCAUUAAGAGUAUGUGGGGAACUUGUCCGUGUUGUUCGUCCAAAUAUCGAGGUUUAUGGUUUUGAUUUUAAACCCUUUGUUCACCCAAUAUAUAAUGCCAUAAUGGCACGCUUGACUAACCAAGAUCAGGAUCAGGAGGUCAAAGAGUGUGCAAUUUCUUGCAUGGGACUUGCUGUUUCUACAUUUGGUGAUAACCUCCAAAGAGAAUUACCUGGAUGCCUCCCUGUACUUGUUGAUCGAAUGGGUAAUGAGAUAACCCGGCUUACAGCUGUGAAGGCUUUUGCUGUCAUAGCUGCCUCUCCGCUACAAAUUGACCUUUCUUGUGUUUUGGAGCAAGUUAUUGCGGAGUUGACUGCCUUCUUGAGGAAGGCUAAUCGGACAUUGAGACAAGCGACAUUGGGAACCCUAAAUUCCCUAAUUGUUGGUUAUGGUGACAAAAUUGGUUCAACUGCUUACGAAGUUAUUAUUGUGGAACUUUCAGCUUUGAUAAGUGAUUCAGACUUACAUAUGGCGGCACUUGCCUUGGAACUCUGUUGCACCAUGAUGGCUGACCGGGGGUCAAGUUCAAAUGUUGGUUCAACUGUUAGAAAUAAAGUGCUUCCUCAAGCACUUAAGUUAAUCAGGAGUUCCUUGCUGCAGGGGCAGGCCCUCUUGGCUUUACGGAACUUUUUUGCUGCCUUCGUCUAUUCUGCAAACACCAGUUUUGACUGUUUGCUAGAUUCUCUUCUUUCAAGUGCUAAGCCGUCUCCACAGUCCGGUGGUGUUGCAAAGCAGGCUCUGUUUUCAAUUGCUCAGUGUGUGGCUGUUCUUUGUCUUGCUGCGGGUGACCAAAAAUGUUCGUCUACUGUAAAAAUGUUGACAGACAUUCUUAAUGAUGAUAGCAGUACUAACUCGGCUAAGCAACAUCUUUCCUUGCUAUGCCUUGGAGAGAUUGGGAGAAGAAAAGAUCUAAGCUUACAUACACAUAUAGAAAACAUUGUUAUUGAGUCUUUUCAAUCUCCAUUUGAGGAAAUAAAAUCUGCUGCCUCUUACGCCCUUGGUAAUAUUGCUGUUGGUAAUCUGUCCAAAUAUUUACCGUUUAUAUUGGAUCAGAUUGAUAAUCAGCAGAAGAAACAGUAUCUAUUGCUUCAUUCUUUGAAGGAGGUUAUAGUAAGACAAUCUGUAGAUAAAGCAGAAUUCCAGGAUUCAAGUGUUGAAAAGAUACUUAAAUUACUAUUUAAUCACUGUGAAAGUGAAGAAGAGGGUGUUCGCAAUGUGGUAGCAGAGUGCCUAGGUAAAAUUGCACUUAUUGAACCUGCAAAGCUUGUCCCUGCGCUUAAGGUGCGAACAAUCAGUCCAGCUGCAUUCACUAGAGCAACGGUGGUCAUUGCUGUGAAAUAUGCUAUAGUUGAACGGCCAGAGAAGAUAGAUGAGAUUAUAUUCCCUGAGAUUUCUUCAUUCCUCAUGCUUAUUAAGGAUAAUGACCGGCAUGUGCGGCGUGCAUCUGUUUUGGCCUUGAGUACAGCAGCUCACAAUAAGCCAAACCUGGUUAAGGGGCUUCUUCCAGAAUUAUUGCCACUUCUCUAUGAUCAGACAAUUGUUAAGCAAGAAUUGAUUAGAACAGUUGAUCUUGGUCCGUUCAAGCACAUUGUGGAUGAUGGCCUUGAGCUGCGGAAGGCUGCUUUUGAAUGUGUGGAUACAUUGCUGGACAGUUGUCUUGAUCAAGUGAAUCCUUCAUCCUUCAUUGUUCCAUUCCUAAAAUCUGGUUUGGAAGAUCAUUAUGAUGUUAAAAUGCCAUGCCAUCUUAUUCUCUCAAAACUUGCGGAUAAGUGUCCAUCUGCUGUAUUAGCAGUGUUGGACUCAUUGGUUGAUCCUCUCCAAAAAACUAUAAAUUUUAAGCCAAAGCAAGAUGCUGUCAAGCAAGAAGUAGACCGUAAUGAAGACAUGAUCCGGAGUGCUCUCAGAGUAAUUGCAUCCUUGAAUCGCAUAAGUGGGGGAGAUUGCAGCAUUAAAUUCAAGAACCUGAUGAAUGAAAUAGUCAAAUCUUUGACACUCUGGGAGAAGUAUUGUUCCAUUCGGAAUGAGUAAUGAGCAAAUUGGAUCACCGCCAUCAUGGUAGGCACUUCAAAUUUUUGUUGGGGAGAAACAGAAAUCGCUUGCUGUUAAUAUGAAUUUCUGUGGGAUUGGCGGGGUUGUGAUUGGGGGGAGAAGUUCUGGGCCUCCCCCAUUGAUAUGAUUGAGAAGGAGAUUCAGGAGAUGCUACGACCAUCCAACCGGCAUUCUUGUCUUACGAGUUUCAGCUUCGAUUAAUAUUUUUGUAUAUUCUCUGGCCAUUAGCCAUUUCUUCCCCACUUGUGCUUUUAAUCCGGUUCAGUUUUUGUAACCUCAAACUCAAUACAGCUUUUAUCGGGUUCAGUUUUUGUAACCUCAAACCCAAUACAUCUGUUCAAAGUUUUUGUUUUCUGCCCCUUGUAUGUCUGCGAGUAUUUGUUCUCAAACCCCUAAUUACUGGUUAAACCUGUUCAAAGUGAAAAUCCCUCAAUAUAAGCGUGAUUACAAUGACUGAUAAUCAAACAUGAUGCUGAUAUCAGAUAGAUUAUUUUUGUUUCUUAAAA